AAAACGUUAUGAGCGGAUCACAGUCGAUCCGGAACGUUGCAAUAGGUUCCGUACUUUUUGGUGGUGGUGCAUUAAUGCGUCCUGGAGGAUUUACACUAGGGUUUGGAUAUUUACUAAUGAAAGUUGUUACACCGACUAAAGAACAACUUUACGAGAAAUUAUCACCGGACUUAAAACAUAAAAUCGACUCUCAAGAACAACGUGAAAAUAAUGUUGCUGUAAUGGAAUUAAUGAAAAAAGUUGCAGAAUCAGAUAAACCAAUAUACGACCAAUAUCAACUUCGGGAAUUACAAAAGGAAAUUAAUAAAGGAUAA